AUGCCGCCCUCGGGGCUGCGGCUGCUGCCGCUGCUGCUGCCGCUGCUGUGGCUACUAAUGCUGACGCCUGGCCGGCCGGUGGCUGGACUGUCCACCUGCAAGACCAUCGACAUGGAGCUGGUGAAGCGGAAGCGCAUCGAGGCCAUCCGCGGCCAGAUUCUGUCCAAGCUUCGGCUCGCCAGCCCCCCGAGCCAGGGGGACGUGCCACCCGGCCCGCUGCCCGAGGCCAUACUGGCCCUUUACAACAGUACCCGCGACCGGGUGGCCGGGGAAAGUGCCGAAACGGAGCCUGAGCCAGAGGCGGACUACUACGCCAAGGAGGUCACCCGCGUGCUAAUGGUGGAAUACGGCAACAAAAUCUAUGAGAAGAUGAAGUCUAACUCGCACAGCAUAUAUAUGUUCUUCAACACGUCUGAGCUCCGGGAAGCGGUGCCCGAACCUGUGUUGCUCUCUCGGGCAGAGCUGCGCCUGCUGAGGCUCAAGUUAAAAGUGGAGCAGCAUGUGGAGCUGUACCAGAAAUAUAGCAACAAUUCCUGGCGCUACCUCAGCAACCGGCUGCUCGCCCCCAGCGACUCACCAGAGUGGCUGUCCUUUGACGUCACUGGAGUUGUGCGGCAGUGGCUGACCCACAGAGAGGAAAUAGAGGGCUUUCGCCUCAGUGCCCACUGUUCCUGUGACAGUAAAGAUAACACGCUUCAAGUGGACAUUAACGGGUUCAGUUCCGGCCGCCGGGGUGACCUCGCCACCAUUCACGGCAUGAACCGGCCCUUCCUGCUCCUCAUGGCCACCCCUCUGGAGAGGGCCCAGCACCUGCACAGCUCCCGUCACCGCCGAGCCCUGGACACCAACUACUGCUUCAGCUCCACAGAAAAGAACUGCUGUGUUCGUCAGCUCUACAUUGACUUCCGCAAGGACCUGGGCUGGAAGUGGAUUCACGAACCCAAGGGGUACCACGCCAAUUUCUGCCUGGGGCCGUGCCCUUACAUCUGGAGCCUGGACACGCAGUACAGCAAGGUCCUGGCCCUGUACAACCAGCACAACCCGGGCGCGUCGGCGGCGCCGUGCUGCGUGCCUCAGGCGCUGGAGCCCCUGCCCAUCGUGUACUACGUGGGCCGCAAGCCCAAGGUGGAGCAGCUGUCCAACAUGAUCGUGCGCUCCUGCAAGUGCAGCUGA